AUUUGCCUUCACAAACAUCAAAAAGAUCAAGAGAUGUCUUGAUUGUCACAUUUUCAUUGGAUAUUGGAUUUGAAUUUACGGAAAGGUAACUGCACAAGGGCGGCUGUUCCAGUUCCUUAGCAUGUUUUGCAGUCGGAGUAUGAGGUGUUUGGGAAUUAGUAAGACAUUAAUUUCCCAGUAUCAUAUUCCAUACAGGCAUAUGUCGACUCUCCGGUCUGAUAGGUUGCGAUAUAUCCAAUGGAGUGUUUUUGUCGGCUUUACAGGUUUGGUCGCAGGAGGUGCAAUAUACAUGUCAAGGGACCUCAAAAAAGCCAGUGAAAAAAAUAAAUCAUUUGGUCGUCCUCAGAUUGGUGGCGAUUUUAAUUUAAUUGAUCAUAAUGGCAAAUCCUGCACGUUGUCUGACUUUCGGGGAAAAUGGAUUCUGUUGUAUUUCGGGUUUUGUCGAUGCCCAGAUAUUUGCCCAGAACAAAUUGAAAGGCUUGUCGAAGUGUGCGACAGAAUAAUGCUUAUUGAAAAACCCAAGUAUCCUUUGGUCCCUGUAUUUAUGACAAUCGAUAGCGAGCGUGAUACUCCUGAGGUUGUGAAUAAUUACAUCAAAGAAUUCUCACCAAAUCUGGUUGGUCUUACUGGUACUAAAGAAGAGAUUGAUAAAGCUGCUAAACUGUAUCGUAUUUAUUAUAGCGCAGGUCCGAAGGACGCUGAUGGUGAUUAUAUCUAAUUAACUUACUACUGAUAAUGGCAUUUUAAGUACUGAAGGCCACUUCUAUCAAACAGUAUUUAUAAUUCAAAAUAUCAGCAGUGACUGAUAAGAAUAAGAGACUAACAUUGGAUUGUGUGUAUAUUCUCAAAUGAACUGGAUGAGUGCUCGAGAGACAGUGCAACUAAGCGUUUCGAAACGUCUUCAAUUAUGUCUCAGUCAGCAUCAGUCACAAUUAUCUUACUGUGUUCUUAUUACUUACAAAGUGAAGGACAUUUUAAUUAUAUUUUGUGAGAAUGCUUGUCCGUACAUUCUGUUUUUGUUGGUUAACCAUCUUUUUAUUCAUCUCAUUUUAUUUAUGUACAUCAGUUUACUCUUAAUUUUCGUUAGCGUGUUUAAAUAAAUAAAUAAAUAAAUGAAAAUCUAACUCUUCACAAGUGUGUAAAUUUAUAAAUAAGGGUGUUCAUAAGUGGAAAUAAAAAAUCCAAGCAUUAAUAUUCUAAUCUUGUAUGUGGUUUUGACCUACUUGACUUUUCAGUGUGUAUGUACUGGCGAUAAUAGGCGUGACCUCUCGAUAGUUUAUUUUUUAAUGGAGAUGGUGUCCAAUCAGUUGCAUAAUUCAGUGUAGUAUUUUAUGAAAACCAAUUACAGCUUUUAAUUCAAACGACCUAACUCCCAAUAAAGUAAUCAGAUUAACUGCAAAAAUCCUCUUUUAAACCGAAGUUGAUCAGGGUAUUGUAAACAGUUCAAAAUACGGAAUAAUGACACUUAAAUUUUGUAGUCUUGAAACAAGGAUUUCAUUUUGUCAUUGAAGUAUAGUAAUAUGAGAACCUAUCUCGACUUUUUCUUCAUAACAUUAGAGGGAGGAAAUCCCUUUCCCAUAGAUCCAUACUUACAGGUAAAAGUGCUUUCAUCUUCUGCAUUCGUUUGUGCUAUCUUGUAAAUUAUUGGUUUCACUGCACUAAGUAUCGUGCAUCAACAUACCAUAGAGUAAAGUUCUGAUACGCGACUGAAAUCUAUUUAGGCUACCUCAUGCCGUAAUGAUUAUUUUAGAAUUAGAGAAUUUCCACGAUCGAGACUACAACGUUAAAUUUCAAAUCUAUUGCUAUAUAUUGUGACUGUCUGAAUUUUUAUAUUUGUAGGUCGACCACACUGUUGUCAUGUACCUACUGGAUCCAAAAGGACAAUUUUCUGAUUAUUAUGGGCAGGUGAAACCAGUACAAGAAAUAGUGCGGAGUAUUGUAGAUAAGAUGAAUGCAUAUAAAGACUAGUGAUACACAUUUCUAUUCCCUUCAAUGUACUGUACACAAUUGGUAGUGUUUUCAAUACUUUCUUAGUGAUUAUGUGCACAUCAUCCUUGUAUAUUUUCCCCUUUGAAGAAGAUGGUGCAAUUUCAUACAGACAAGUUUCCACUCUUUUCCAUUUCUUCAUUUCCUUACGUUCAGUACAUUUGUGUAGUCAGUUUUAUUAGCUUUCACUUUCUGCAGAGAAUAAAUCCGAUUUAUGUGCAUAUA